UGGUCUUCCCGGGGACAGCCUUCCCUGACCUUCCUCUGGUUCCCACCACAUGCCUUGAAAAUAGGGGCGGUGCCUGUGGGAGGGCAGGAAAGACCAGGGUGAGGAUGACUGCACUGGUCCAAGCGGUGAAUGUAGACGGAGAAGAGAGGCAGAGCUGCACCCAAGCCCAGGAACAUUCUGCACAUUGGGGGACACAGGCUGGCAAAGGACGGUGUUGGGGCUACUUAGCAGGGGAACAAGCAGAUGCCCAGCAAGGCAGCCAUCAGCAGCGACAUCGGGCAGGCCCGCCGGGCCGUGGAGCAGCUGAGGAUGGAGGCAGGCAUUAACCGAAUGAAGGUGAGGCUGGGGGCAGGUGGACACGUCUGGGGGAGGGGCAGAGGGACAGGACAAGGUCAGUCUGACUGGGCUGGUCUACAGGUGUCCAAGGCAGCCUCUGACCUGCUGCAGUUCUGCAUGGAGCAAGCCAAGAGUGACCCGUUCCUGGUGGGCAUCCCAGCUGCCACCAACCCCUUCAAGGAGAAGAAGCCUUGUGCCAUCCUAUGAUAUUGGCCCUGAGGACCACUCAAUAAACAUGAAGUAA